CCCUAGGUACCACUUCCCUUUUGCACAGAGUUCGUCACUCCAAACACCUUCUUCGCGUCUCUGUUUACAGGUUUGAACCUUGAACUUUGAACCUCUUGUUUCAUCAAUCGUACACACAAACACAAAAACAAACAGUUAAUUGUGCAUAUGUAAUCUAUUGCUUCUAGAUCAGUAAUCAAUGGCGGUUCCUAAGCUUGACAAGAAGAUCAUUAAGAAGCGUGUCAAGAAGUUCAAGAGGCCCCAAAGUGACUGGAAAAUAUGUGUCAAGGAAAACUGGCGUAGGCCAAAGGGUAUUGAUUCUCGUGUCAGGAGAAAGUUUAAAGGUGUCACUCUUAUGCCCAAUAUCGGUUACGGGUCAGACAAAAAGACCCGCCACUUUCUUCCAAACGGUUUUAAGAAGUUUGUCGUGCACAAUGCCAAAGAGUUGGAAGUUCUCAUGAUGCACAACAGGACAUACUGUGCCGAGAUAGCACACAAUGUAUCAACCCGCAAAAGGAAGGAAAUCGUUGAGCGUGCCGCACAAUUGGACGUCGUUGUUACCAACAAAUUAGCCAGGCUGCGUAGCCAAGAAGACGAAUAACCAUCCUAUUCACCCCCUGAAAAAAAAACUUUUCGUCUUCAAACGUUUAAGCUCAUGUAGUUUGUUACCAGAAGCUUUCAUUAAAUCAUGUUUCUUUUCAAAUUACAUAUGCAUACACACUUAUUUGCUAAAUGCUAAUCUCUCUAUCUAUUCUACAUA